ACCAUCUCUGAUUAGUGACAAGAAGCGCAUCACUAUGCAUUGCCUCCAGUGUACCUUCCGCCGACUUCUGAAGCUCACUAGUUCGCACACCGCAUUCCACUGUUCGAACCUGCUGCUUCUUCUGAUAAAUAAUAGCAUCAGAAAUCAGUGUCAAGCGGAUCUUUACUAACUUCCAAUAGUUAGGCAAUUUCAAGACGCGGGUGCAGUGAAGGAUUGGAGUUUCCAUCUGUUCUCAAAUUGGAUGUCUGCUUAUCCUCCAACGAUGGGUUCCCUGCUUUGGGACUGGAAGCUGUCAUACCUUCUUCUCUAUGUGUCUGUUCUGCUGCUGCUCAGCCAGGGGGAGAGGAUGUGCCCGACCAGCUGCCGCUGUGAGGGGAAGAUUGUUUAUUGUGAGUCUGGCAUCUUUCAAGACGUCCCAGAAAACAUAUCCACUGGUUGCCAGGGUCUCUCUCUGCGCUACAACAGCCUGCUGAUUCUCCUUCCUUACCAGUUUGCUCAUCUGAACCAGUUAAUCUGGCUCUACCUGGACCACAACGCAAUCAGCGCCAUUGAUAGUUUAGCUUUCCAGGGGGUGCGUAGGCUCAAAGAACUCAUCCUCAGCUCCAACAAGAUAGCACACCUCUACAAUAAUACUUUCAACGCUGUUCCGAACCUGCGCAACCUUGACUUGUCCUACAACCAGCUCCAGAUCCUGGAACCUGGCCAUUUUUACGGGCUUCGGAAACUCCAAAACCUACACCUUCGGUCCAACGGGCUGAAAAGGAUACCUGUCCGAACGUUUCUGGAAUGUCGUAGCCUGGAGUUCCUGGACCUGGGUUACAACCGCAUAAGGACCCUAACUCGGACCACCUUCCUCGGGCUGUUCAAGCUGAAGGAACUUCAUUUGGAGCAUAAUCAAUUUUCGAGGAUUAAUUUCUCUCUGUUCCCUCGUCUUACCAACCUCCGGGCUCUCUACUUGCAGUGGAACCGCAUUAGAACCAUCAAUCAAGGCUUGCCUUGGAUCUGGCUCACGCUGCAGAAAUUAGACCUCUCAGGAAACGAAAUCCAGAUCUUGGACCCUGGCGUGUUCCAGUGCAUGCCAAACUUACAGACACUCAAUCUUGAAUCUAACAAGCUUAACAACGUGUCCCAGGAAACGGUGGCUGCCUGGGUCUCCAUCACCACUAUCAACAUGGCAGGAAACUCCUGGGACUGCAGUUACAGCAUAUGCCCCCUGGUGACCUGGCUGAAGACCUUCCGAGACCCGAAGGACAUCAGCAUGAUAUGCAGCAGUCCCAAGUCAGUUCAGGGAGACAAGGUCAUGGACAUAGUAAAGAACUACUCCAUAUGUGAGGACUUUGGAGAUGGGGCACUUACUACGGGCAUGAUUGCCGGUCUGCCCACCUCAGCUGUUGUCAGUUUGGGGCAUACCUCUCCCUCUGACUCGGUCACAACAAGCCAAAGUCCCCCUGCUCCACCAGUCCAGACCCCCACCCCUCCAGCUGGCAGGCUUGUCACGAUAGGCCCGCCCACAGGAGAGUCCACACUGAUAACCUUCAUCCUUCCACAACCCACAUUUUCCCCAGAGUUAGACUUUGCGCACAUGGCCUUCCAUAAAAUCAUCGCAGGCAGCGUAGCCCUGUUCCUGUCGUUGUCGUUGAUCCUGCUGGUGAUCUAUGUCUCGUGGAGGCGCUAUCCCAGUUCCAUGAGGCAGCUGCAGCAACAGUCGGUCAACCACAAGCGCAGGAAAAAGGCCCGCAAGCAGGACCUCAGCCUCAACUCUCAGCUCCAAGAGUACUACCUGACCUACCAUGCUAACUCGGACACCAUGGACACCCUGGUGAACGAGGCAGGCCCAUGCACCUGCACCAUCUCGGGAUCCAGAGAGUGCGAGGUGUGAGGCGGAAUCUGCGUCCCACAUUGACACUGCGGCUGAGGGCCAGAGGGUGAAACCUGCCUGCAAUGCCCCUGCUUCUAUACACAGAAUAUAUAUAUAAAUGUAUAGCAGAAACUCUACAGACUCCAAGUGGUCUUGACGGACUCAGAAGACUCACAACAUCAGAAGGAGCUGCCUCUGCAGGAGAUCGCUGGAUUGCUGUCAGGCUUUUGAAACAGUCAGGCUGUGUGGGACUUUCUCUACCAGGACAGAGGCGUUGUGUGAUUCCUGACCUAUUGAGCGGUUAGGGAAGCGGGCUAGUAAUCUGAAGGUUGCCAGUUCGAUUCCCGGCCGUGCAAAAUGACGUUGUGUCCUUGGGCAAGGCACUUCACCCUACUUGCCUCGGGGGAGAAUGUCCCUGUACUUACCCUCAAGUCGCUCUGGAUAAGAGCGUCUGCUAAAUGACUAGAUGUAAAUAUUGAAGGACCGCCCCGGUAACCCUUCACCCUCGUGACCAACACCG